GUUUUAAGAAUUGUUGCAUUUCUCCAGGUCCACCCCUCUCUCUAGCAUAAAAAAGUGGUUGGGCUGCCGUUCGCCUGGAAGACGAAUUACAGAUUGUGGCUUUCAUGCUCAUCUCAAACUGUACUAGGCGUUACUAUGCACGUGACUAAAGAUUAAUCCAACAAAGUCAUUCAUACAUUUCGGAAUUUCAGGCAACAUCGACUGCGAUGGCGACUUCACAAUGUGAAAAACAUGACCUGAGCUCAAGCAGAAAAGACAGAAGAGCCAGCAUGAUGUCUCCUUUAGAAUUUUCCGAGCUGAGGGUUGUUCUGGUGGGGAAGACUGGAGCAGGGAAGAGUGCAUCAGGAAACACCAUCCUGGGGAGAACUGAGUUCAUAGUAGAUUUCGCUGCAGAGUCUGUGACCAAACAAUGUGAUAGGAGCAGUGAGAUGGGCAUCACAGUCAUUGACACCCCUGGUCUGUUUGACACUCAACUCUCAGAGUCUUCAGUGACGACCCAACUGGUGGAGUGCAUCACUCUCUCCUCCCCUGGACCCCAUGUCUUCCUGCUUGUUGUUGCCCUUGGUCGUUUUACAGACGAAGACCACACUGCUGUUGCAAGGAUCAGGAACAUCUUCGGCGAAGCAGCAGUCAGACACACCAUGAUUCUCUUCACCCAUGGAGACACACUGGAAAAAAAGAAGAAAAGCAUUGAGGACUUUAUCCAGGCGGCUGGUGAAGGCCUGCAGCAGCUCAUUGAGACAUGUGGAAAAAGAUACCACGUCUUCAACAAUGAGAACUUGGACGACCGUGAGCAAGUAAAGCAGCUGAUGGACAAAGUAACAGACAUGGUGAAAGACAAUGAAGGGAGGUGUUACACCAAUGACAUGUACCAAAAAGUGGAGAGAGCCAUCCAGAGCAGAGCGGAAGAACUGAAACAGGGGUAUGAAAAAGAGCUGAAAGAGAAGGAAGACCUGGAGUCAGAAUUAGAGCGAGCAAUGAAGGCACUGGAUCUGAAAGACUCUGCUAUACAAGAAAAACAGAAAGAGAUAGAUGACCUGCAGGGACAAGUGAAACGGAUAAGAGAGGACAAAGACUUGCUAAAAAAGAAGAAACAGAGAGUCAGAGAUAAGGCAGAAAAAGACUUUGACAAGAAAAAUAUUGUUGUUGAAUUCGCUAGAAAAUCUACUGAACGUUGUACCACACACUGAUGAUCUGCACAAACAUGUUGUAAAAGAGCAGAGAAGUGGCAGAGACUGUCGGCAUGGUGUCAUUAUGAAGUUAAUGAUUGACUUCAUAACUCUCACUCCUUGGUUUGGGCAGCCAUGUUAGGUUUGGACAGCCAUUUUACUGUAAAUGAUUAUCUGAGCACUUAUGUUGCAUAUUAACCUAUAACAGUUCUAAAAAAGUGUAAUAUCUGCCAUACAAAGACAAUGAUACAAAUAAUGCUUGUGUUGAUAGCUUUUUGCAUAAUGCUUGCUUACAUAAUGCCAUAUUAAUCUCAUAUUAUAUUCUAUGAUGAAUAUAUUUUUAUAGAAUGCUACAAAACCACAAAAGCAAUAUUUUUACAGCAUCAAUACAAUGUCCAUGAAAAUUAGCAGCCAUUGUAUACUUAAGCAAUAAGGCACGGGGGGGUGGCCAAUACAGCAGGUUAAGGGCUGUACUCAAGCAGGACGCAACGCGGAGUGCCUGGAUACAGCCCUUAGCUGUGGUAUAUUGGCCAUGUACCACAAACCCCUGAGGUGCCUUAUUGCUAGUAUACACUGGUUACCAACGUAAUAUGAGCAGUAAAAACCAAUGUUUUGUCAUAUCCGUGGUAUACGGUCUGAUAUACCACAGCUGUCAGCCAAUCAGUAUUCAGGGCUCAAACCACCCAGUUUAUAAUGUUUCUUUGACAGUACCUGAUGGAUUCAACAAAACAAGUGGUCAAGUGGUAUUUUCAGUGGCCAUUUAUUUUACAGUGCCAUGAAAUAUCCAUGAAAUAACUUAAUAUGAACUAUUUAUGCUUAGUCAUUCAUCGUUCAGCCUUCUCCUGAUGAAUAAUGGUAGCUGUCUUAUACCAACUAUAAAGGAGAGGUGUAUAUUGCUAGCUAAUUUAGCCUGACAGGCAGGAAUAAACCUAAACCUAAUUCAGGUAAAUAUUAAAUGAUUGACUCUCAAAUGUGCAAUACCCAAGCAUAUAUUUAUGGUCAUAACUGAGGGUAAUAAAUCCAACUUAUAUUCAUGCUGUUAGUAGUAAUGCUAGAGGACAUUUCUGAACAUCCUAUCCUAUAAAUCAGUUAAUGUGUGGUGUUCUCUAGCAUGGCUGAAGAGCUGCCUUAAAGUGGUCCAGUUAAAAUGUAUUCAGGCCCCUUUCCCAGGUUAAUAGGAAAGGCAAGGCCAACUUUCACUCUCUUAUUCUCUAUCAGUCAGGGUUGGGAUCAAUCCCAUUUCCAUUUCAGUCAAUUCAGGAAGUACACUGAAAUCAAUUUUUAAACUAUGCCUUUCAAUUAGGAGAAUUACUAAAUAGGAAUUUGGUUGAUUUUCUGAAUUGACUGUAAUUUAUGAUGCAUGCAAAAUCUGAGCAGGGGAAAGCAACCUAAUUCUGCAUUCAUAGCCACGUGGGAAGGUGGUAAUGAAUUACCAGUUGGAUACAUUCACGUGCUUUGAACUCGUUGAGAAAUGCAGAUUGGCUAAUGGCCAACAUCGACUGUAAACUAAAGUACAUCUAUCAAUCUUAUAAACAAAUGUUAGUGUUCAAAAACCAUAUUUAUAGAUUUAUUUGUAUAAAUAAUGUUUUGUUGCAUGUAACUGCCAAAUGCUAAAGUAAAAAUGCUCUUAUUGAGGUCAUUUUCGUAGUAGGUGAGGUCAGAGGUCAGCUACUGCAGAGUCGAUAAAGUGGCACUCAACCUUAGUUGAGCCAUGCAUCGUCUGAGCAGGGGAACAACUUCCUGCCCCUGUCACCAUUAAGACGCCCACAAUUGAUACAGUUAGGGGGAGGAGAAAGACUACGACUCAAAGCACAGAGACUAGAAGAGGAAAUUACUGUUUAUACACCAUAUCCCCUCCUCUUGUAGAAACCAGCCCUGGUAGUGGAAAAGUCACAUGAUUUCAUCUAAAAUGUGUCUUUGCAUUAUAACUCCCUGCCCUCUAGAUACAACUUGAUUUUUUAAACUCAUAAUACAAGUAUGGUCAUAGCAUUCACCAUGCAACAAUGUUCUUUCUCCUUUAGGUCUAUCCUUCCUGUUAAGCUGCUAUCUCUUUGAGUGUGAUUUAGCAGCCUAAGUCACAUGACUUCAUAGAAAAUGUGUCUUUGCAUUAGAACUUCCUGCCCUCUCGUCACUUUUGUGUUGACUCAAAAGUGUCCAUAAUGUAUCAAGUUUCUAUGUUUAUACAACGAGGGAAUAAGUUGACUGUGGUGCAUAGUAGAUAAUGAAGCUUUCUUUCUAUUAUGAGAACUAUGGUUCUGUGAGGUCAUAAGAACAACACAAUACAGAAUUAUCACAUGGAUGAAGUCAUUCAUUACAGUAUGUUCCUUAGGGAAAUUUACUUGACAAAUGCUUGAUGGCUGAAAUGUGUCCUUUGUGAGUGUUAAUAAUACAUCUAAGUAAUACUUUA